CCAAUGUGGUCUGGCACUCCACCGUAACUGACAGCCCGGGUGUUGCUGUUGAAAUAGCCCCAGUUUCUGAAAUUAAUUCGCAUUUACAACUUAGAAAAUGUGAAGCGGGUAGGUUACCGCGACGGGCAAAUGUGCAUCACAGUCUGUGCCUUGCGUUACCGGGAGAGCUAGCCACGAACCGCAGAAUUUUAGAUCUUUAAGAAAAAAAAAACAAAAAACCCCGCCGACCCUAGAUCCACGCCCACGUCCCUCUCACGCCCAUAACGCCCAUCAUGGUGCGUGUUCUUGUGGUGCUGAGAGGGGGUUAUCCGUGGGGAUUCCGGAUGCAAGGAGGUGGGGACAAGCCGCUCAUCGUAAGCAAG